AGCCACAUCGUCUACAGCAUAAAAAUUUGCAUACAAAAAAAUAACAACAAAAAAUCAAUGGGAAAAAUAUUUAAAAUAUUCCCUGUGUGUUUCCAUGCGCGUAUUAAAUCAAUAAGUGAUUGCCAAAUAAGUUCUCAAUUGUAAAAAAAUAACAUAAAAUAAAUUUUAUUGCCGACGCGCUUGCUUUAAUUUAUUUAUUAGCAAAUAAGUAAAAAUAAUAAUAAGAGAAGAAGAAGAAAAGUAAUAAAAAAAUUUUCAGCGCACUAAGGCAAACAAAACCUCGACCGAGCAAACAAAAACUGGCAAAGUAAUCAAACAAAAAUCAACAAAUCUAACAAUAAAUGAAUGUCUGUAUGGAAGAUACAAGUGAAAAAGAUCAGCAAAAGCAAAUCACACAAGCGCCAGAGGUCAUAUCAAUUGGCGUUUGAUUUACUCGCUUUGCGAAAUUUCGCAAAAAUUCAAUAAAGAGAAAAUAAAUAUUAUUGCAUGAUCGAGUUUUGGUGCUUCGGAGAAGUGGAACGCUAAAUAGAAAGUGUUUGAGUGUCUGCGUGCAAAGAAAUUUCCUAAACAAAUAAAGAAGUCAUUAUUUCAUGUGAAGAGGAAAGAGGAAAGACUAAAGUGAAUUGUUAAAAAAUAUUUGAAAUUAAUUUGGAUAUUUUUGGAAAUUUGGGAAAGUUUAGACAACUCGCCAACAUACAUACAAACAUACAUAUUUGCGUAUGCGAUUUUAAUAGCGUAUUCUAAUUGAAGAAAGCUAUUGUAAUAUUUUCUUAAUAGAAAUGGCGGCACCUAAGGAUGCUCAUAAAAUUUUCUGGUUGCUGUUGGCACUCUUGGUGGCGGAAGUCAAAUGCAGCGAUACAGCACCCGACACCAUACCGCACCUCUGCUACAAUGUGAAAUGUCCGCCCAUGUCCGACAUGAUCUGCCCACUGGACAGCAGCAUACGCGAAAUUCUCAACACCAUCGAAAUAAAUCCGCUUACCGUAGCGCCUGAUGUUACCGACGAAGCGCCCUACAACACCACCGAAAUCGAUGAAGAAAUCUAUGCAGAAUGCUGCCUGGCGAAGAAGUGCCUCUGCAAAACUUGCCACAUACCCGACUGUCAUGGCGAGGAUGAAGUGGUGGUCGAGCUACAGCCCGAGUCAAUGAACAAACCCGGCCAUUGUUGCGGCGAAUAUGAAUGCCAACGCAAGCCUAAUUGCACGGCAGGAGUCGAUAGUGAGCUAUAUUGGCUGAAAGGCUGUCAACGUUGCCACUGCUUCUCCGGCAAGCCCAUGUGCAUUCAAAUCUGCGACGAGGCCGUCAACAAAACAAAAGCAAUCUGCAAGCCCGAAAAGUUGAAUGUUUUCUUCGAGCAUGGCGAGAGUUGGCGCGUCGGUUGCUAUGAAUGCGAAUGCGUCGAUGGCAUUGAAAAGUGUGUGUUACCCUUCUGCAGCAACAUUAAUUGUCCACGCGAACGUCAGGUGACGCUAAAGGAUGGCUGUUGCCCCAUUUGUUGGCCCGAUUGUGCGCCCAUGCCGGAUGAGGUAUUGAGCAGCAGCCGUAGCGGCAGUGACAAAUAUGGCAGCGUGGCGCGUCGUUACGAUGAAGAUGUUGGAGAAGAGCUAAGCGUGCUGGAUAAUGUGCCACAUGGCAGUGACUAUAGCGCUGAAAAUGAGAUUGACACAUUGCCGGAUAUACCCUUCGAUGAGGACGAUGAGCUGGAAGGGGAUAAGCAGUUGCAAACCACUACGAAAGCUACAGAAGGCAGCAAAACAAGCAGCAGCAGCAUCAGCAGCAGCAGUUCAACUUCCGCCAGUGCUGCCGUCACAGCCAGUCCAGCUGGGCACGUACACUCAAUGUCGUCCACCUACGCACCUGCCGAGUACUUGCCUCUUUCACCUACUACCGCCGCACCAACACAUGCAGUCGCUGCUCUUGCCAGUGAGCCUGCCAUAGCCACCGCUUGCCCGCCAGUUGUGUCUGUACGCCAUGAUGCGCCAGCCACCUUCCAGCUAUAUCCCGAAGAGAUUUUGCCCGAAGUUCAAGUAGUUUCAGAGUCCUGUAAGCAUUGGAUGAUUUACAUUGUCAUUGGCAUUUUAGUCGCCUUCAUUGCGGUUUUGAUAGCUUGGAUCAUUCAAUUGCGUUUGAAGCAACGCUCCUAUCGGCCGGUUUCACACAUCGAUGACAAUUUCAAUAAGAUGUCGUGUAAUAUUAAGGCAACAAAUGCGUACGUUUAGUCAACGUUCGUUUUACGGAGGAAUAUGUAGUAUAUGAUGAAGUAUUUUGUGUUUGUGUAUGCCAAGGAGAGCGAAAGAUGUGUAACACACAUUGGGUGAACAAAUUUUUCCACAGUUAGAUGUAAGAAAAUGUGGUUUUUGUAUAUCGGUGCCAUACAAAAACCAUACGGAAAAAAAAAAGAUUUAAAGUUUAGAGAAGUUGUCAAAUGUUGGCCAAGGUGUAAGCUUUUUUUAAUUGUAUAGGGUUUUACUUUUAAUUCUUAACGCAAAUAGAUUUCUCUAUCACUUCAUUGAAAAUCAUUUUAAAAACAUAUGAACUUUGAGCACUUUUUUGAGAAACUGUUGAAGGACGGUUAGCUUACGUAGAAAUGUAAGUAAUAGCCAAUAUUCUGGGUAGUACCGAAUUUCCAGUCACUUACAUCAUUACGCUUUCAGUAAGUGAGCCGUAAACACCACCUUGUGUGAGUCAUCCGCGUAUUGUGCGAAAUUGGAGUACAGAGCUAUCGUAAAAUCUCUCACAAAGAAGAACAAAACGCCGCCAGAAAUGCUUGAAGAGAUGUUUACAGUGCCUGGAGAGGUCUGGACCUGCAUUUGCCCCCACCAAACGUUAGAGCCGAGAAUUCACGCAUGACAGGGAGUCGGUGGAAUAUGAGCACAGUUCAGGGCGUCCAAAACCUGCCUUUACCACUGUUUGUUGGUAUUGUCUUCCCAAAAAAAAAAAGCUACAAUGAACUAGGGAGACUAUUAUGCCAAUUUAAGAAAAUCAGAAACCCCCUCUUUCCGUUCAAUUAAAUGUUUGUAUUACAUGUUUUGUCAUUUUGCAAAAUCUUCUCAAUUUAUUUCCUAUUUUAAUUCCUUCGCCGGGCCCCCGACAUUUAGCCGGGCCUGGUUCAAUUAACCCUGCUGACUUCCCCUCUUGACGAUCCUGUUAGUGCCCAAUUCCGUAGCGCCGGUCUACAUCACCUUGCACACGCACCAAUUAAAGCAAAUACUUACUUAGCUAAACCUUCUGAUUUUGGGCGAAAUAUAAGUUUUACCCACCUGCAGCGUCUCAAAGUCUUUAAACAGUUUCUGACUCUUCAACUACUUUCCAACCGAAUUGAGUCAGUGUUAGAUGUUGCGUAGAAAAUACUGCGGCCUUGAAUGCCAUUUAACACAAAAUGUUUGUUGGUAAAA